CCGGCAAGUCGCACGUCGCUGUCAAAAACAGAAAUACAAUAACUUCCAUACGCGAUUCUUGAAUAAAAAUGCCUUCGCUUUGGGACUAUUUACAUUUCAAUAGACAGUAUUCAAAUAAGAGAAACUUAGAGGAGGGUCUAUUCCAGAUUGCUUCACAGACUUGUAAUAUUUUGGUAAAGGUUAACAACACGAAUAACAUAAAUUUGACGAGGAACGAUCGCAGCGACGAGUACGGAUGCGCUGGCCCCCCUAAAGGAAAAAGUUCGAUGCAGAUAUGCGUACCCAAGUUUAGGAAGAAUUCUAUAACUUCCGGUUGUAAUCCAGGAUUAUCGACUGUAUUAGAAUCGGGGAGUGUGGGGAACGCGUCAUCCUCUGAUGAGGAGCUCGAGCAGUGGGAGCAAAUUUUCAUGAUGAGGGAUGAAAAUGGAAACAGCUAUAAUGACAAAAGAAAGAAACGCAGCAUAUGGUGUCGGCCAUCAUGUAUCCCUGUUUCUAUAGUCAUCUUGUUGAUAAUUCUUGUUGUGCUUGUGCCAUUGCUGGACCAGCCCAAUGUACCACAUGCGGCUUCAAGUCAGGAACCUGUCACUGUACAUUGCUCAGAUGAGUGUAGAUUAUCCUUAGUAGAGAGUAUACCAGAAGGGCAUAUGUAUCCUCCAAAUAUGACGCAUACACCUACAAAAAAUGUUUGGUUAGAUUUAAUAGAUGAAGCUCAAACAACAAUAGAAAUAGCCUCUUUUUAUUGGUCACUUAGGUUUAAUGAAUUUUAUCCAUAUAAUUCUUCUAUAGAGGGCGAGCAAGUGUUCCAAGCACUAUACGCCGCCGGGUCAAAAAGGAAGAUUGAUUUGAAAAUUGCUCAAAAUUGGCCCAGUAAAGACUAUCCUAAUAUAGAUACAGAGUAUUUAGUUAAGAAAAAAGCGGCGCAGGUAAGAAGUUUAAACUUCUCCAAGCUGUUGGGGGGUGGAGUUCUCCACACCAAGUUUUGGAUUGUGGAUAGAACGCAUUUUUACAUCGGCAGUGCUAACAUGGACUGGCGAUCGCUCACUCAGGUGAAAGAGCUGGGAAUUGUGGCUUAUAACUGUUCGUGUAUGGCCACCGAUUUGGGGAAAAUAUUUGAUGUGUACUGGCAGCUGGGGGUGGCCGACUCGGUGCCGGCCACGUGGCCGCCCGCGCUGGCCACUGAUAUCAACAUGCAGCGCCCCGCCAACAUCAGCGACGGACAGCGCAGCUACGGCGCCUACAUCACGAGCUCACCGCCGCCGUUCAGUCCGGCGGGACGCAGUGCGGACGACGACGCCAUCGUUUCCAUCAUAGAGUCGGCCGAGCGGUUCAUAUACAUUGCGGUGAUGGACUACGCGCCCGCACUCGUAUACACGCACAAGCUCGAGUACUGGCCUAAGAUAGACGAUGCGAUCCGCGCGGCGGCACUAGAGCGGCGCGUGCGCGUGCGCCUGCUCAUCAGCUGGUGGUCGCACUCCUUGCCUGCGCAGGACCACUUCCUGCGCUCUCUCACCGCGCUCUCGCAAGCUUUGCCCGGAGUGGAUAUACAAGUGAAACGUUUUGUAGUGCCAUCUACACCCGAUCAGGACAAGAUACCGUUCGCGCGCGUCAACCACAACAAGUACAUGGUGACAGACCGCACCGCUCUCAUCGGCACCUCCAACUGGUCCGGGGACUACUUUACCACCACCGCGGGCGUCUCCUUUGUCUUCCAGGACCUGGAGGAGGGAGGAGGCCCUCACAACGGCACCAAGGACAUAAGGAUGCAGCUGCAGGAGGUCUUCGAGAGGGACUGGACCUCGCCCUACGCCGUGCCCCUCUUGAAAUUAUAGCGGGACAUUCCUCAAACCAAAUGUCAUCUUGAAAAACCUGCCAAUACUUUUAUGUAAAUGUGUUUUAUCUAAUUUAUUUUAAUGUGUGUAUGGAAAAUUAUGAUACUUUAUUUGGAUUAAACAGAAUUAUAUCUCUAUCUAAUCUCUAUAUAUCAUCGGCGUAUAUAAUAUGCUUUGCGUAAAUAAAACAUUGAUUAAUGUCAUAUAAAAUAUAGGAUCGAGAUGUGAGCCCUGGGGAACUCCUGUAGGUAUAUUUAAGAAAUUUGAACGCUAUCCUCCUAUUACUACAACUUGAGACCGGUUUGUGAGAUAAUAAUUAACCCAUCUGAGCAAAUCUCCAUGGAUACCAAGUUGCUGAAGCUUUGUGAGAAGUAUGUGUGAUCAAAACGAUCGAAUGCUUUCUCGAAAUCAGUGUAUAUCGCAUCAAUUUGACCUCCACCCUCUAAAGUAUAAGAUUCAAAAAUAUUUUGUAAUCUUAUCUUGAUAGCAAAAAUAUUCGAUCUACACUUUUGUUUGUGGCUUUAUUUUUGGGACCAAGACAUGUAUUGUGUGGAAUUCGAUCAAACAGUAUAUAUAUAUAAUGUUUUAUUUUUCAAGGAAAACUGCGUAAGGGAUAAUUAAGGGGUGACCAAAUAGAGCAUCCAUUUGUGUGUUAGACAACUACAUAAAUGUAAUGCGACAAUUUUACAAUUUAUUGAACUUUAAUGU